AUGGACUUUCCGCCAGUGAGACAACACAAGUAUUUCCUGACGCAUGCUGUACGGCCAGAACCCGCCGUUCCGAUAGCAGGCAAUCCUGGGCUGUUCUUGCGGCACGGUGCUGGACCAGCUCAGCUAGCGAGUUGUCUCUGGCAUAUACAAGCGCAAGUCGGCAAAUACUUAGCAAUCACCAAGGACCAGCUCGACUGGGUCAUGAAGUCUGAGCUCAACUUUCCGCUUCGCAGCAGAGUUCCCCUCGACUUCGGCGAGGAGAGCAAUGGGAAGCGGUGGGCGAUCACGCUGCACCUCGACGGCAUUUUGUUAGCGAAAUCGACCUUCAAGUGGCCAGCGCCUGUCGCGGCGCAACUGGCGGACUACUGCAGACCAACCAAAGGACGACAAACAAAAGGGCGCCAACUACGUAUUUUUGAUGAUGUCUGGAGACAUCUGAACAUGCUAGCAUUUGUUUAUUAG